AUGCAUUUAAGUGUGUACCGCGCUAAUGCGGAAUCGCACAGUUGGCUGGAUGACACUGGGACAGGGACAAUGGCACCAGGACUCACGCUGAUGGUGACACUGACAAGUAUUUUCCUUCAGCUCACCCUGUCAGCUCCAUCAACGAAGGCAACAUCAUUAGUGACAAUCGAGGUAGAGGAAAACUCCAAGUUGAGUCCGGCCGUUCUUUCGUCAGCAGUAUGGAGAGCGGUCAAGGAUACUGCUAAGAAGGUCGGCAAAGCAAUCAAGGAGUUCGUAGUUAACGAUGUUGUCGAUAGGACCUACACCACUGUGAAGAAUUGGGCUACGUGGCGUUUCAGCAUGUAA